AUGCCCACUGAUAUGGUCGGAGGCAUUCGAAGAAGCUUGGAAUCAUCACAAUACAGCCUUUCAAGUUCACCUAGUUCUAGUUUGCAUAAAGGUUCCAGAACAAAAUUAAAACAGAAAAAUCUAUAUGCACUGUCUGAUAGAUACGAUGAUUCUCGCUCUGAAGAGUCAGAUGAGGCAGAAAGCAGAUAUGUAGAAGAACAUUCUUUUUCUUCAUCUGCCAACAAGUUUGAUGCGACUGCCGAACUACAUCCAGACUCAGAAAGUUCACCUGCAGCGUAUCCAGAAAUUGGACAAUAUUUGGAAGGACCAAAUGUACUACAAUCAGAUAUCAAAUACCCAUGUAUAGAGGAAUUCGAACAUGACCCGCAUGAAUCAGCACGUUCAUUCGAGCCAAUAAAACUGCUUUCUUCAGAAAAUGUUGGAAAUGAUCAUCUACUCGAUAAAAUGUUGUCUAAUUGCAUAAAAAAUGAUCAAGUGAGACAUAGCCACAACAAUGGUGCAGUGGGUAUAUCUGAUAUCAACUUUGCCCUUGAGAAUGAUGAUUCGGUGGUAGGAGAUACUUCAAGCAUCUGUGGAGACGGAAGAAAUUAUAUUUCAGAUUACUUGGCAUUUUCCGACUUGAUUGUCCAUACAACUGAUGGCAGCAGUCCUCUUCUCUUCGAUGGAGAAAACAGUCUUUUUGAUUUCUUCCUUAAAGUCGAUUUCUCAAGGACUAACCUCCAGAAAUAG